AGGACCCAGCAGGCGGCGGCAGGCGGCAGUUGUGUAGAUCGCUGAGAGACUACGAGGGUCCGGUUCAGUUUUAAUUCUGUCUCUAAUCUCUGCAACAGCGGCGCUCCUUGGGUCCCGCGGCUCCCCUGCCCACUCAGCUGCGGCUGGCAGCUGGGCGAAAAUCAGAGCCGCCUCCGCCCAGUCACCCACCAUGGAAACCCUCCAAGAAAAAGUGGCUCCGGACGCGUGUGCCUGAAGAUUCCGCACAAAAGAGGUGCCCAAAAUGAAGACCCUGAUGCGCCAUGGUCUGGCAGUGUGUUUAGCGCUCACCACCAUGUGCACCAGCUUGUUGCUCGUAUACAGCAGCUUCGGCGGCCAGAAGGAGAGGCCCCUGCAGCAGCAGCAGGCAGCGGCGACCGGCAGCGCGCAGCGGUCGGCGGAGAGCAGCCCCCCGCCGCGUCCCGAGGCUCCCGCGGGACCGCGGCCGCUGGACGGAUACCUUGGCGUGGUGGACCACAAGCCACUGAAAAUGCACUGCAGGGACUGCGCCCUGGUGACGAGCUCCGGGCACCUGCUGCGCAGCCGGCAAGGCCCCCAGAUUGACCAGACCGAGUGCGUCAUCCGCAUGAAUGACGCCCCGACGCGCGGCUACGGGCGCGACGUGGGCAACCGCACCAGCCUGAGGGUCAUCGCGCAUUCGAGCAUCCAGAGGAUCCUCCGCAACCGGCACGACCUGCUCAACGUCAGCCAGGGCACCGUGUUCAUCUUCUGGGGCCCCAGCAGCUACAUGCGGCGCGACGGCAAGGGCCAAGUCUACAACAACCUGCAGCUCCUGAGCCAGGUGCUGCCCCGGCUGAAGGCCUUCAUGAUCACGCGCCACAAGAUGCUGCAGUUCGACGAGCUCUUCAAGCGCGAGACCGGCAAAGACAGAAAGAUCUCCAACACUUGGCUCAGCACCGGCUGGUUCACAAUGACGAUUGCCCUGGAGCUCUGUGACAGGAUCAAUGUUUAUGGCAUGGUGCCCCCAGACUUCUGCAGGGAUCCCAGUCACCCUUCAGUUCCGUAUCAUUAUUACGAGCCUUUUGGACCUGAUGAAUGUACAAUGUACCUCUCCCAUGAGCGAGGGCGGAAGGGCAGUCAUCACCGAUUUAUCACAGAGAAACGAGUCUUUAAGAACUGGGCACGGACAUUCAAUAUUCACUUCUUUCAACCAGACUGGAAACCAGAAUCACUGGGUAUAAAUCAUCCUGAGAAUAAACCUGUAUUCUGAGGAAUGUGUGUGGCCAGACCACAAUCCCAAGUACCCACUGUACUCAGACAUCCAGCCACUGAACUUCUUGAACCAGACGCGAAAGAGGAACAGAAAUGGUGGCAGGGACAGUGUCACUCCUCAGGAAGUACCAUGUUCAGACGCCUGUGAGGUGUGACUGCAAAUCAGCGCAGCUGGCUCGUGAGGGAAAAUUCCAGAAUCAGUACAUCUCAAGGAGUGUUAUCCCUUUCAAAGGGGGUUAGCUUAGGGGCUGAACACUCCUGUCAGUGAUGCUGCCAUGGCUAAAACACUUGGGAUCUCUUUAAGUAUUGCCUUCGGAACUGAAACGUGCAACUCAACAGUAUUAGUUGCAUUCCUUUAUAGAAAUACCACGUCAAAAGGCAUUUUUCUAUCAUGUUGUAUCCUAACCCAAACUAUAACCUUCAUCAUCUGUCGGACUCUGUAUGUGUGAUUUGUAAAACGUAGCCUGGAAGUAUGGACAUGAUGUCUGAAGAGUGCAUCUUCCCUGACUUUCGUAAAGCAAAUGCCCAAUA